GGGAGGGGCUGCUGGACUCAACUCAUCCCGGACAGUCACGCAGUCAGUAGUCAGUCAGUGAGUCAGUCGAGCGCAGCCCUGGAUCUGUAGUGCUGUGUCUGCAACAUUUGGCAAAAAGAGUGAGAAGAAUGGGAGCAAAGUUGAGUCGGAGAAAGAGUGAAUCUGCUGCAGGAGCAGACGGAGUGGCAGCAGAGUCACCAACCACAGAGCAGCCUGAAACAGCAGAGGUUAUAACUGCGACCGAGAGCGAUGAACAGAAGCCAGAAGCUGGUGAUUCCAAGGGUGAGGCCGAACCCAAGCCCACAGAAGUGAGCCCUGAGGUGGACGAGACACCUAGUGAGCCAGCCACUGAACCUGGACCUCUGGAGACUGUCACACAAGCUGUAGAGAAAAUAGUGAGCGAUGUCAGUGAACAGAUAGCUGGCCCAGUUGAAGAUAUUGUCAACAAGGGUUUGGGAGCCGUGGAGGCCAUGAUGGCAGCAGUCAGUGUGAAGGAUGACCCCACAGAGGAGGUGGCUGCUGCAGCUCCAGCUCCAGCUCCAGAAGCCAAGGAUGAACCCAUGGUAGAUAUUUCAUUCGCGGCUGCACCCAAAAUUGAUUUCUCCAUCCCUGAACCUCCUGAAGAACCAGAACAUUUGCCUUCAGAACAUUCAGCUGUGGAGGAUCUGCUACUGUCGCAGUCUAUCCCAGAGUGCCUACUUCCAGAGCCUGUUCCUACAGCAGUGGUUAAAGACGUUACACUUGAGGCAGAGAAGAACCUAGGCCUUCCCAGUGAGCUCGAAACUCAUGCACCACUUGAGAUUGAGGAAUCAUUGGUGUUCGUGAAACAGGAAGCAGCACCAGUUGAACCUCCUCUGAACUGUGAUAUGGGUGCUGAUCCCACACCUCUGAACUCUGAUCCUUUGGUUGACUUGGGAGACAUGGAGCAGGCGAUGAGCACGGCUGUCAGCACUGUCAUUGACCUUAUAUAAAACACAUGGACAUGCUGUGAGAAAACAACUGCAAAUGGGACAAGCACUUCAGACCUAGACAAGAAUCUAGAUUAUGCUGAAGUGUGCCUAGAUAUAAAAAUGCAACCUUUUCUGCAACCAGCGAUAAUGUAUAAAGAUCCAAAUGUAUUACCUAGAUGUAAUACACAAACCUCCAGCAUAAGCAUCUGCAUCAACCACAAUGAAACAUAAUAAAUAGAUAUUCCAAUUAUAUUCAAACUCAGUAGGUUCUGAAACGUUAACUGAAUUGCUGUAAUAAUAAUAUUAAUAACUUGUCUUUCUAUUCUGAAUGUGUAUGGAUGAAACAGCCUAAAUUGUGGACUGUCACAAGGAGUGACAGAAAAUAAUAUCAUGGGGAGCAAACUGAGAACAUAAAUUGAGACAGACUGUAAAAACCCUCAAAUCCAUGACAGGUUUUCUCUUAAAACUAUAAGAAAAGUAAUGCUUUCUGAUGUUUCAUCUCAAACUAGUUUGAAACCAUUGUAAUAUUUCAUUAAACUUCACAAAACAAAA